GGCCACCCAGGUCCCCAGAGGCCCCUGCACUGCACAUCCACCCUCUACCCCGAGCUGAGCAGCCCUUCUCCCGAGCCUCUCAGGAGCCACUUUGCAAGCCCGUGCCCCGGGAGGCUGGCAUGCAGGAUGGCCGGACAGCCCAGCCACAUGGCCCACGGAGGAAGCCCGAACAGCCUCUGCCACAGCCCAGGGCCUGCACACGCCCCAGACCCGCAGAGGCACCCAAACACCCUGUCUUUUCGCUGCUCGCUGGCCGACUUCCAGAUCGAGAAGAAGAUCGGCCGAGGACAGUUCAGCGAGGUGUACAAGGCCACCUGCCUGCUAGACAGGAAGACGGUGGCUCUGAAGAAGGUGCAGAUAUUUGAGAUGAUGGACGCCAAAGCCAGGCAGGACUGCGUCAAGGAGAUUGGCCUCCUGAAGCAACUGAACCAUCCCAACAUCAUCAAGUAUUUGGACUCGUUUAUUGAGGACAACGAGCUGAACAUUGUACUGGAGCUGGCCGAUGCGGGGGAUCUCUCGCAGAUGAUCAAGUACUUUAAGAAGCAGAAACGGCUCAUCCCCGAGAGGACGGUGUGGAAGUACUUUGCCCAGCUGUGCAGCGCCGUGGAACACAUGCACUCGCGCCGAGUGAUGCACCGAGACAUCAAGCCCGCCAAUGUGUUCAUCACGGCCACGGGUGUCGUGAAGCUUGGUGACCUUGGCCUGGGUCGCUUCUUCAGCUCCGAGACCACCGCAGCCCACUCCCUAGUGGGGACGCCUUACUACAUGUCACCGGAGAGGAUCCACGAGAACGGCUACAACUUCAAGUCUGACAUCUGGUCUCUGGGCUGUCUGCUGUAUGAGAUGGCAGCUCUCCAGAGCCCCUUCUAUGGAGAUAAAAUGAAUCUCUUCUCCCUCUGCCAGAAGAUCGAGCAAUGUGACUACCCACCUCUCCCUGGAGAACAUUACUCUGAGAAGUUACGAGAACUGGUCAGCAUGUGCAUCUACCCCGACCCCAACCAGAGACCCGACAUCGGAUACGUGCACCAGGUUGCCAAACAGAUGCACGUGUGGACUUCCAGCACCUGAACGUGGACGCAGCACGCCUUCUCAGAGCCGCACCACUUUGCCUUACUUGAGUCUUCUCUCCGAAGUGGCCGCCUGGUAGCCUAGAUCAUCAACUAAGACAAGAGGGUUUGGCAGGUUCCCCAGAGGGUACCCCGGGCUUCACAGCAGGUGCUGAAUGCAGGGGGAGGGGCACUGGUCACAGGGUCACUGGUGGUCACAUUCGAAAGUCCUUUCUUUAAACUGUUUGUGGACAAUCUCAGCUGGCUUGUUACCAAGGGUGAGUGGUUCGGCGAGUCACCGACGUACCCCUUGUAUCUGGAUUGUAAUGUGAAUCUUUAGGAUAAUUCCUUCAGUGACCUGUCAGGUUUAUAAGAACAGGAGAAUUGCAGGAGACAGUGUGACUUGUGAGCCUUUCAAAUUGGUUAUAGCAAGUUCAGUUUAGCUCUUUGAAUCUUUUCAAAAAAAUCAAGCUGUGUGCUUGCUCUGUUGUAAAAGGAUAAAAUGGGAAUAAUUUUUUU